GGCAAUUCUAGUAAAAGCUUACAUUUUUGUUUAUUUUUGACGUGAACCAACACGUGCGUGUUUUAAAACAAAUUCAAAUUUCAUAUAAUGAUUAAUGUAAAAAAUACGUCUUCGGGUAAUUUCAAGACUACCAAAAAGGUUUCAGGAAUGACAAAUGACAGUAAGAAUGUAGGUAAAACUGAACAGCAUUUGAAGAAACGUCCUAAAUUAAAAAAGAGGAAGAGAUUAAUUAUACGAAAUCUGUCUUUCAAAGCAAAUGAAGAUGAUCUAAAAGAAAUUUUUUCUAAAUUUGGAAAGAUUAUAGAUGUGAAAAUUCCUUUGAAAGAAGAUGGAAAGAAAAGAGGCUUUGCUUUUAUUGAAUUUGAAGAAACAAAAUCCUUAAUUCAAGCUAUGAAAAAUAUGAAUUAUAAAGAAAUUCAUGGUCGCAAAGUAGCUAUUGAUUAUGCUGUCGAUAAAACUUCUUAUAAAUUAAAGCUGCAAGGUUUACGUGAAGAAAAACCAGAUUCCCCUGUCAUCAAAAAAGAAAUAAAAGAUGAAUCUGAUAGUGAUAUUGAAAUAAAAUCUGAAAAAGAAUCAGAUGCAGAUAAUGAUGAUGAAAAUGUCAUAGAAAAUGAAAGUGACAAAGAAGAAGAUGAAGAUGAAAAGAGACUCAAUGCAUUUUUAAAAGAAUUUGAUUCAGGUGCUGAAGCUCUCACAAGCUCACAUAUUGAUGAUGAUAGAAGUUCAUUAAAUGAAUCUUCUAGCGAAGAAUCUGAUGCUGAUGAAGAAUUUGAAGAAAGCUAUAUUAAAGAAGAAAAGACAAUGAAUAAAAAGGAUAAAAUCUUUGAUAAAAAAGAAAAAACUGAAAUUAAAAAAGAAAGGAGCAAUGAUGUCAAUGAUGGAAAAACUGUUUUCCUUAGAAAUGUGUCCUUUUCAACAACAGAAGAAAGCCUUGAAGAAGAAAUGGCCAAAUAUGGGGAAUAUGAAUAUUGUGUCCUAGUGAGGGACCAAUUAACAGACCAUCCUAAAGGGUCAGCUUUUGUCAAGUUUAAAACAAAAGAAAGUGCAGAAAAAUUAGUUAAACAAUCAGACAUAGAGCCAGGUGUCAUUGUUGAUGGACGGCGACUUUCUUGCGUUAUAGCUGUUAGUAAGGAUGCAAUUCCUACAGGAAAACCGCAAGAGAAAAAAGAUAAAAGAAAUUUGAAUUUGUUGCGUGUUGGCUUCAUCAAGCCUGAAGAAGCAGAUGGUAUGUCAAAAGCUGAUAUGGCAAAGAGAACUCAACUGGAAAUGAUCAAAAAGGCAAAACUGAGGAAUGUUAAUUUUUUUGUUUCUGAUAAAAGACUUUUAGUUCAUAAUAUACCCCAAAAUUAUACAGAUAGUAAGCUACGUCAGCUAUUUAAAAAAGCAGCAGGUCCAGGAUCUGUCAUCACUGAGGCUAGAGUUAUGAAAGAAUUUAAAAAAGUAGAUGCACAGGGUGUACCACUAACAAAGGGAUUUGGUUUUGUCAGCUUUCAGAAGCAUGAAGAUGCUAUGAAAGCAUUAAAUGAAUUGAAUAACAAUCCCAAUAUUUUCACUCCUCAAAGGAGGCCUAUUGUUGAAUUUUCUAUAGAAAACAAAGUUGCAUUACUAUCAAAAGAAAGAAGGAAGGAAAAAAUACAAAUGAGAAAUAAGAGACGAACUGAAGAGAAAAAUGAAAGAAAAUUAAAACAAAGUGAAGAAAAGACUCAACCAAAAUCUUCUCAAAAAGGAAAAGGCCGGAAAAAUAAGAAAAAGCAGUUACCAGGAAAUAAGAAAAAAAGAAGACAUUAUGUUGAAAAUGCCUCGUAACAAAGAAUGAUGUAUAUUCUCUUCUGUGAUAGCAUCAUUUUUGUCAUAUUAAUUGUAAUUUUACCUAGUUUCUCAAGAUUAAGGUUUUUUAUUCAUACACAUUAAAGUUAUAAUUGCUUUU